CUGGACCACAGUGGUGGACUGAUUGACAACCCGAGGGACCGGUGUUACCAUCCCUAGAGCCAUGCUGCUAGGCUUGAAAACUCAGGACACUUCCGUAGAACAUGGAGGACGACCUUCGGCCGCAGGUGAAGAAGGUGGCUGUGGCCAUGGGCGCUUCGCUCUCAGCGGAGGAUAUGGACUGCAUGCCACAGGAGAUGAGAACGCAGGGGAACUUCAACUACAGCAGGUUUCUGGAGUACGUGAGGCAGUUCCAGACCUCAGAGCAAAGAGAGGAGGCCAUCAAGAAGGCCUUCAUGACCCUCGACAAAGAUGGCAGCGGCUACAUUGAGUGGAACGAGAUCAAGUACUUUACGUCCACUGUACCCACUGCAACCGCGCCAGCCCCCCUCUCUGAUGAGGAGGCCGAGGCCAUGAUCCAGGCUUUAGACACUGAUGGAGACGGACGCAUUGACUACAGAGAGUUCUCCGACAUGGUGAAGAUGGAGAAGAAACCCAGGAAAUAG